AUGUCGAACAUCACGUCCGCCACUCUCAAGCAGCUAAAAUCCCUUUACCCAUCAAGAUCUCUCUUAGGCAACCCAUGGUACAUAGCUGCAUCCGUUGCUUUUAGUGCCUCAAACAGACCCGAUGGUGUCACCUCAGUAUACAAGUUCGUCGCAGACGAGCUUAACGCACAAGUCGCUUCCCGGGAGGACCACCGGCUUCUGCUGAGAAGGCUGAAAGACGCGGUAUUCAAAGCCGGGCUUUCGAGCGGUUACCCGAAGACGAUAAACAGCUUGAUGGCACUCAACGAAGCCGCUCCGGAAGAUUUGCAUGAUACGGAGACGCUCCGAGACACAGCUACACCCAUACCCGUGCUUGAGGAAGCCGGCGUGCGUUUCUUCGAGAAAAUCUACGGUGAGACAGCCGAGCCCGUGCAAAAGCUCCUCGACAGCGUCUAUCCAGACUUGGGAUGGUUCUCCAAGACGAUCGGAUACGGUCUGGUGUACGGGCACACGUCUGUCCUGACGCCUGUGGAGACGUCGUAUGUGCUUGUGGCGAGCAUCAUCGCUGCAGACACGCCGUUGCAGAUUAAUUGGCAUCUUGCGGGGGCACGGAGGCAGGGGGCGAGUUUAGAGGAGGUGAAGGCAAUCAGGCAGAUUGCGAUGGAGUCUGCUGCCCUCGCUGGGGUCUCGUGGCGCGACGGUGUCCCAGAAGUUGUCUGA